UUUAUUUCAGUGAAAGAAGCUGGAAGAGACUUCACCUAUUUUAUUGUGGUGCUUGUUGGAAUUGGUGUUACAGGUGGUUUGUUCUACGUGAUUUUUAAAGAGCUAUUCUCUUCUUCUAGUCCAAAUAAGAUCUAUGGAGAUGCCUUGGAGAAAUGCAGAUCUCACCCUCAGAUAAUUGGUGUUUUCGGUGACUCUAUUAAAGGUUAUGGGGAGGCAACAAGAAGAGGAAGACGACAGCAUGUCAGUCACAUUGAAUACGUGAAGGACGGAUUGAAACAUAUGCGUUUGAAGUUCUAUAUUGAGGGCACUGAAUCAGGGAAACAGGGAACAGUCCAUGUGGAAGUCAAAGAGAAUCCUGAAACAGGAAGAUUUGAGGUCCGCUACAUAUUUGUGGACGUUGACACCUAUCCAAGAAGAACCAUUGUCAUAGAAGACAACAGAUAGCCAACGAUCAAAGCUGCUGCCUUGUCUCAUUGAGCAUUGAAUAAUACUGAUGUAGCCAGUCUACACGUGAAUUGUUUGGUGUUCUCGAUUGUGUCUCCCAGAUUUGGGGUUGUGUUACAGGAAGUAGCCUCUCAGGGCAUCCAUUAUUGACUUGGAUAAUAACUGAUACAGGAUUUAAAGUGAAACCAAUGAAAUAUAAUAGACCUAUGAUUUAUGGCAGAUACUCUUGACAUAGGAAAGCAAUGGCUCAUAAUAAACAGUUUAAUGAUGGAUAAUACUUCUGCAUGCCUAAAUACUGAGUCUUCCAAGUUUUUAGGUUUGUAUGGGGAGUUGUCUUCCUUGCUUGGAUUUCCCACUACCACUGCAAUAAAGAAAGUGGUAUUUUAACUGUA